CUAUCGCAGGAGCUUUUGGAGAAGUUGGAUCGUACUGAAAAACAAUUGACAAAGACAAAGCUUGACCUGGAUAGCGAGAGUGACACGAGAAGGCGUCUUCAGAAGGAGGUUCAAGAGAAUAAGGAAUGGAAAGAGCGUCAGGAAAAACGGCCGUUUAUGGUCGCGUUAAUCGAUGCAGACGCGGAUGGCUAUGUGUUCCGUGAUAGUUAUCUUACGCUGGGAGAAAAAGGCGGCGAAAGCGCUGCUGAUGCGCUUUUCGAUGAGUUACAGCGUUAUAUGGGAGAGCUGACUGGAGUUCCCAGUAACAUGGAUAUUCUCGUCAGGGCGUUUGCAAACGUCAGUGGGCUGGGUCAAGCCCUUGUGCGUGACGGGCGAUUGCAGGACAUCAAUCAGCUGAGGGCAUUUGCAACAGGUUUCAGCAACCGUCGAGUGUUUUUUGACUUUGUGGAUGUAGGGCCUGGGAAGGAACGGGCAGACUUCAAGAUACAAGAGAAUGUUAAAUUUUUCGUGGAAAGUCCUCAGUGCAAACACCUUGUGGUUGCUUGCGGGCAC